AUGCGGCGCAUAGGACGAACCAAGCAUCUCAGUUGCUUCUACUGCGGCAAGCAAACCGGCCUCAAUCAGUCUACCAAGCAUACCAACACCCUGCUUCCUCCUGGACACUUUGCUGACCCUAGCCUCCAGUAUGGCGACAUCACCGACCCGCCCGUCGCGACGGAUCGCGAGGCCGCUGCGCCCUCGCAAUUCGCUAGACCACAACACGCCACCACCACCGCUGCGCCCGACGCCGUCUUCUGCGAAAAGUGCCUCAAGAACCAACGCCUCUUCACCGCCUCCCUCGCCCAGUACCUGCCCGACGACCCGUCCCACCCGGAGUACGAGGAGCUCGACCGCAACUACUACCGCUACCGGCGGAACCUCGAGAGGCGCUACCCGCAGGUCUGCGACGGCUGCGCCGACCGGGUCCAGCAGCGCAUACAGCAGGCCGGCUACACGGCCAAGACGGACCACCUGCGCCGCAUGAUGGACAAGAGCCGCGGCCGGCGGUCCGCGGCCGGUGCGACGACCCGCAGGGCCGGUGUGCUCGACGCCGCCAGUGCGCUCGGCGGGUGGCUCUGGCGCGGCGGCCUCGCGGCGCAGCUGCUCUGGCAUGCGCUGCGCGUGAUCCAGGCCCUGGAGCGCCCGGACGACGGCAUGUACGACCCGGACGACGCGGGCGUCUACGCGACAACGCUGGCGGUAGCGGCGGCGGCGGCGGCGUGGCUGCCGGGCGGGGACGCCCUGAUGCGGCUGAGUAUCGCCGCGGCGGUCCUCUCGUCGUGGUGGAACCCACACUUUGUGCAGUUUUCGAGGGGAUUCACGCGGCAUCUGCUGGGCUUCACGCGCUGGUACUCGUUCCAGGGCCUCAUCGUCUUCCUCCGCAUCUUCUUCCGCAGCGUGCUGAGCAUGGAGGGCGGGGCGGCGCAGUCCCAGGGUGCGCGGCUGAGCGCGCACCUAGCUACCGCGGGCAUCAUGUGUUUUAUUUACAUCAUGGCGAGCAGAUCCAUCAGGGUGGACACUACGCCGCUCUUCAAAUCCGAGGACAAGCCCCCGACGCCGCGCCGCAACAUGUCGCCGGCCAAGCGCAAGGAGGAAGACUCCAAGACCUUUUCGGAGCUCUUCAACGAGGCCCUCGACUCGACGCCGCGCAAGGGCCGCCCCUCCCCGUCCCUGCCCGCGACGCCCGGCACGCCCAACUACGCGUCCGGCAGCGCCUUUGUCCCGCCCAGCCAGAUCAAGCUCAUGCAGGAGCAACAGCGGCGGCGCGGCUUCCACGACUCCCCCCCGCUAGCAUCCCCAUCCGCCUUCCAACCUCGCGCGCAGCAGGCGCCCAUCGUCCAUGACUACGACGACGGCGACGCCAUGGACUGGUCACCGAGCCAGCCGCAGCACCGCGCGUUCCGCGACACCCCCGACCGCAGCACCGCCGCCACCGCUCGCCGCCCCUUUGGCCAGUCCCCGACGCACGCCGACGACGGCGGCGGCAGCGCGAACCCGUUCUGGUUCAAGGUGCCCCCCGCGCCGACCACGCCCGCGCGGCAGCUGCGCAACCCACCCAACAUGCCCGUCCUGCGGCAGAAGCCCGCCGAGCGCGACGACGUCUUCUUCAGCGCCAGCCUCCGCGGUGAACGAGACGGGCGCAGCAGCCGGCCCUCCUCCGGCGGUGGUGGUGGCGGCACGAGCUUUCGAAACCCCAGCUUCUUCGCGCCGGAGGAGAACGACGAGGCCAACUCGCUCGCCGACCUCCUCGGCGAGAGCUUCACCCUCGGCCGCCGCGCGCAGGCGCAGGAGCAGCGGCAACCACGACGUGGCCGGCCGGCGCCCGCCGCUCUCUCGUCCACCCCGUCCUCUCCCUCCUGCGUGGAGCGGCGGCGCGCAGACCCUCAACGCGUCCGCGGCGUCCGCCCCCGGCCGGUCGAGCUGGUUGUCCUCGCCGUCUUGCUGCCGCUCUGGCUGCUCCCCUCCUUCGUCACGCUCCCCGCACGGGCGACGGGGGUCCUGCAAGGUAUCGUCCCGGUCGCCGCCGGCGUGGUCGCGCUGGGCGGCACGCACCACGAGCUGAACGACGAGGCGGGGCCGCGGCAGCAGCGGUCGAGGCUUGUCGUCGACGCGGCGCUCUCGGCGCUCGGCGUGGGUGAGCUCGCGGCCGUCUGCUGGGUCGGCUGGGAGACGUGGACGGCGGGCGUGGACGUGCGCGCGUACGGCGCGGGCGUGUUAGCGGUCAUGCUGGCGCAUCACGCCGUGAGGCUAUUGCGGGCCUGA